CCGCUACCAAACGUCACCUUCUUUCCACCUUCCCUCCCCACGCCGACGCCGCCGACGCCCCUCCUCCGCUCCGGCAUACAUAUACCCGCGGCCUCGCCGUCCCCAUUCCCUCCCUCCCUCCCCAAUCCUCCACCCCGCGCAGCGCCAUCUUCUCCGCUCCCCCAGCGCAGGCCAACUAAUCUUUCUGAUCGCCCGGCCGGUCGAAAUGGGCCACGAGGGCACCAAGUACGGCGACGACGGCCGCCCCACCUGCGACUGCCUCCUCUUCGACCUCGAUGACACGCUCUACCCGGUGGGAUCAGGCAUCGGCCUCGACGUCAUGAAGAACAUCCAAGAAUACAUGGUUGAGAAGCUCGGCAUUGACAAGAGCGUCAGCCACGAGCUCUGCAUCCUGCUCUACAAGCAGUACGGAACCACCAUGGCUGGGCUGCGGGCUGUCGGGUACCAAUUCGACUACGAUGAUUUCCACGGCUUUGUUCAUGGUAGGCUGGCCUAUGAGAAGCUCAAGCCUGACCCUUUACUCAGGAACAUCCUCCUGAGCUUACCAAUCCGCAAACUCGUGUUCACGAAUGGUGACAGGCUCCAUGCUUCGAGGGCCAUGAAGAGGCUUGGGAUCGAGGACUGCUUUGAGGGAGUUCUGUGCUUUGAGACAUUGAACCCGCCAUCGCCCACUCCUGCGCCAGCCAACAAAGUUGAGAUCUUCGAUAUAAUGAAGCACCUGGCUCAUCCAGAGCCUGGGGUUGAGCUGCCAAGGUCGCCAAUCCUGUGCAAACCAAAUAUAGAUGCAAUGCUGCAUGCCCUCAAGCUUGCCGACAUCAAUCCUCAGACUACUAUAUUUUUCGAUGAUAGUGUCAGGAACAUCCAGGCAGGGAAGCAAAUCGGAAUGCACACUGUCCUGGUUGGAACUUCUGAAAGGAUUAAAGGUGCUGACCAUGCCUUGGAGAGCCUUCACAACAUGAAGGAAGCGUUUCCGGAACUGUGGGUUGAGGCUGUGAAGGAUGAGGACGUCAGGAAGUCAAGCAAAGUUGGAAUCGAGACAUCGGUGAUCGCGUAAAAUCGUCAUGAACUGACUCAUGGUUUUGGGCGAAUGGGCACAUGAGACGACCAGAGGCAAUCUUAAUUAUGCAGUAUCUGUUUGUCUGACAGUAGAUGUACUGAUUAGAACAAGAGAAAAUUGCUGUAAUCGUUAAGGGAACUGAUGCCACUUUCGUUAUGUUUGUCCCCUAUAAUAAGAAAUAAAUGUUGUGAACCUCGCUGUAACUCCGUUCACGGGGCAAUAGACCUUCUAUGCUAGUACUAUUUGACAUUA